GCAAGCUAGCUGCAGUAGGUCACAGCAGGUAAGUAGUCGUAGCUAUGCAAGAAAGUACAUCAGGAUGUAACGUUAUAUUACACUUAUAGUUGUGUAGGUGUGUUUUAAUGUGUAUUUUUAGUAUGGUCUUCACUUUUGAAAAGUAGCUUUAAAUACAUUUGUUCUCCAGCAAGGUUCAACAGGAAGAGAACAUAAGCUUUGCCUGGCUAACUUGUGGUCACUUGGCUGCAUUUUCAGGAAAGUUCUCCCCUUCCGUUCAGUCCUCUCUGGCAUUUGUUGAAAUGCAGAGCAAAUAUCUGUGAAUGGCGUGCCACCUUGCCGUUGUCCCAUACGCUGUAUGCAUAUUUAAAUUCCCAUAACUUCACCCCUGUGUGUGGGAGCCAGUGUAGACAUGCUGGACGGGGGUCAGUUUGUGGAGGCGGUGUCGAGGCUGGGCUAUCCAGGUGCCUCCGCGCUGAAGGGCGAGGAUUUCGACUGGCUCUUCGACUCGCCCGAGCACCGGCAGUUCCUGCGCUUCUUCUGCAGCAGCGUGAGCAAGAGCAACGUGCUGACCCCUGAGGAGGUGCGUGCAUUCCGGGCCCUCCGGGCGUCCGGGAAGCCCGUCCUGGACGAGGCCGCGCUGGGGGAGGUGCUGAAGGCCUGCCAGGCCGCGCCGACGCGGGGGGACCCGGCCUCCGUCUCCCCGUGGAUGGAGGAGGCCGACGCGGCGCAGCUGGAGGAGGAGCUGCAGGCGCUGCGCAGGGAGAGGAAGCUGAAGGCGCAGCGGCUGAAGAAGCUGCAGGUCCUGGCUGCCGGCCGCGCCGACGCUGCCCUGCGCCUGGGCUCUCGGCGGGAGGACGGCGCCCGGCGGCUGAAGGACACCGUCGCCGCCCUGGGGGCGGAGAACGCCGAGACCAACUCCGCGCUGCAGGCGCUGACGGACGAGGUGAAGCGGCUGGCCUCCUACCUCCGCGUGGAGCUGCCGCAGCUAGAGCCGCAGGAGCACGCGCCCACUCAGGCCCUGGCCCAGGGGCCCCCCGUCUUCCUCUCUCAGCUCUCCCUGGAUCCUUACCUGCACCAGGAGGAGCUCAACACCAAGGCCCUGGUGCUCUUCACACAGAAGCAGUUCUUCAAGGGCAUCUCUGACAUGGUGGAGAGCUCCAGCAGUGAGAACUUCCAGCUGCUGGACCUCAGCAGAUGCUCGGACGACGACGAGAGGGUUGUGGAGGCCCGCCGGACCGAGAUGGCGCGGCUCCAGUGGGCCCACGUGGUGGCUCAGCACCAGCUGCUCCAGGCCCAGGCAGAGGAGCAUGGGGUGAGAGCUGGCCUACAGUGGAUCACAGAGACCCUGCGCAGCAAGGUCAAGCCGUCUGCCUCAGCGCAGGCUCUUCAGACGCGGGAGGCAGGAUUCAGGCAUGAGCUGCAGGGUCUGGAGGGCGAGCUGGAGGCCCUCUCGCGCGAGGCCGUGCCGGCGGCCCUGAGGGAGAGCGCGCGGCUGCUCAACGUCCCGGUGGUGCGCGGCGACUUCGACCUCCAGGUGGCGCGGCAGGAGUACUACACCUCCCGGCAGGACCAGGUGUGUGGCUACCUGCUGCGGCAGAGGGCCUCCUUCGAGCUGCUGCACCUGGCCCAGGAGCUGGAGCUCAGGAAGGGGAGGCAGCUCCACAGGCAGCUGGGAGAGCUGGCGCAGCGGCUGGAGAGUAGGGGGACCGCCCUGAAGCAGCGGCUCCACGCCUUCUCCCAGCCCGAGCUCGCCCUCGCCACGCGGCCCAGCUCCAUCAUUGGCACCAAGGACGCCGCCUUCAGCAGGCUGUACAAGAUCCUGGAGUGCGGCAAGGGGCCGUCAGGCGAGCGGGAGCAGCCGUUCAAGACGUUCGAGGGGCUGGAGCAGGCGGCGCGGGACCUGCAGGAUGAGCUGCGCUCGGCCCGGGAGGCGCUGGCAGCAGCGUCCCAGGAGCAGGCCUUUACGGCGGCCCGUCUGGAGGGCCACUGUGAAACGCUCCGCGGCGCCACGUACUCUGGGCUGCAGCAGCUGGUGCUGACGCCGCAGGUAUGUGCCGCGCCCGGUCAGGAGCUCUGCCCCAACUCACAGGAGCUAAGAGGCCAGCUGCAGGAGUUGGAGUCUCAGCUCAACAGCCUGAACAAGCUGAUGCAGGAUAUGGUGGGUGACAUCCGGGGCAAGAGGGCGCAGCUGGAUCGGAGCUGGGCGCUCAAGCGGGAGCGGGACCUUUAUGUCUACUUCCACCUGGAUGAGAAGCUGCUGAGGAAGGUGGUGGAGGAGCUGGAGGCCCGGGUGGCUGGGAGGGCCAGCCAUGCAUAGAGAGCCUCAGCCACGGGGGCCAUGCUUGGGGCAGGCGUGGACAGCACAAGGCCUUUUGUCCCCCACCCACACACAGGAGUGCUAGAGGGCCUUGCAGCAGAGUCUCCUCUACACUCCUCUGCAACACUAAAACUGCUUCCUCUUUCGCACUUUGUCACACACACACACGCCACUCCCUCUGGGCUGCAGGGCGUUAGCUCUGGUUGAGCGUGUGUGUGUGUUUGUGUGUUCUCUGGCUGCGAAGAGCCUACAUUUGUGUGUUGUGCAGAGGGGUGCUGUUGGUAUGGAUGUACACAAGUCAGCCGAAGUCUUUCAGUUGCGGUUGAUGGUUAUGUGGAAGUAACUGUGCGGAGAAGCUUGCCCGCAGUUGACCCUGCACAGUUUAAUGGCCUUACAGCAGACUGCCAGAGAGCAGCAUAUGCUGAAGAACAGACCAAUGCAAGCACGUCUGCGGAUUUCUACCAAGAAGUCAGAAGAAUAUGGAUAGAGAAUUAAGGCAAAAGGGAGUGAUUAGGCUCUCCAUGACUCCCAACAUGUCUCCAACACUUGAACUCUGGUGAUAUCAGUGUUGCCGUGGUGACUUCACUUGACCCAGUGCCCAGGAUGUGCCUGGGAUUCAGCAGUCUGGCUCUCAUGAUCAGGCAUGCCCUGUUACCACUUCUCACACCGUUAGUGCUUCAUACAAUAUUCACUUUCUAACACUUUCUGUGGCCUUAUACCGUUGUUAUUGUCUGUGUUUUUCAACCAUCUUUGGAGAAAAAUCCUGUAUUUGGUCUCAGGUCCCAAUUUAAGUGCCCCAUUACCUUUGUGUUUACUCUUUACCCUAAUAGUUUCUCUUGUCUCCAGUAUAUUACACAUAUUGUGUUUAUUGCAAAAGUGUAAUUACACAAGCCACAGUCAAGGUUACAUGCUGAAAGAACUAUUUGUGUGUACACAGUUUGAGUUUCCCUGUUCUAAGGUACACCAUACACGGGUACUGGGGCCACUUCUUCUACUUCUGGGACCUGUUCUUCUAUUAUGGAUAUGUUGAAGGGCACCUUGGAGACUUGUCAAAGUGUAAAUGAUUUGUUGUACGUAAUAUCCAUAGUUUUUUGAUUUAAUUGUGCAACAUACACAGCAUUUAUUGUUUUUUUUAUGGAACUGAAGACACGGAGUGCUGUUUAACUUGCAUGCACAAAGUAAUAUGUUAACUAAUACAGUCUGUGUUUGUAAGUCUGAAAUUUCAGAUGUAAAUAUGAAACCUUCAGUAUAACAAAUGUUCAUUUAAAAAUUCAGAAUGAUUUAACAUCACAAUAUGAGGUUUAAUU